GAAUGGCCAAAAUCCAAAACACUGACAGCACCAAAUGUUGGUGAGGUAUUGAGCAAAAAGAAUUCUUCUUAUAUAGCUGGUGAGAAUUCAUAAUGGAACAGCAAUUUGGAGACUGGUGGUUUAUUACAAAACUAAGCACACUCCUAACAUAUAAUCCAGCAACUACCCUUUUUGGUAUUUACCCAAAGGAGUUAAAAACUUAUGUCCAUGUAAAAACCUGCACAAGGUUGUUUAGAGCAGCUUUGUAACUACCAAAACUUGGAAGCAACCAAGGUGCCUAUAGUAGGUGAAUGGAUAAAGUGUGGUACAUCCAGACAAUGAAUAUUAUUGAGAACUUACAAGAAAUGAGCUAUCAAGCCAGGAACAACAUGAAGGACACUUAAAUGCAUGUUACUGAGUGAAAGAAGCCAAUGCGAAAAACCUGAAUACUGUAUGAUUUUAAUAUGACAUUCUGGAAAAGGCAAAGCUAUGGGGACAGUAAAAAGAUCAGUGGUUGCUUGUCGGAGCAAAUUGAAGUGGAGGAGAGAGAUGAAUAGACAUAGCACAGAGGAAAAUCAGGGAAGUGAAAAUACUAUGAAUGAUACUAUAAUGAUGGAAUAUGUCAUUAUGCGUUUAUUUCUCCAAAUCCAGAGAGUAUACAUCACCAAGAGUGAGCCUCAAGAUAAACUGUGGACUUUGGAUGAUACAGCAUUGUUUGAGUUGAUUCAACUAGUUCCACCAGUGGGUGAAACACUGUCUACGUAUGAUGAAAAUACACGGGAUUUCAUGUUCCCGGGUCCAAACCAAAUUUCUGGACACCAUGAUUCAAACCGCCAGGUUACCAUGAGGAGGAUUUCUGGCCUUCGAGGAAUUGCUCCAAAGCUGGAAUUUUCUACAACUUCAGUGAUAACUGAAUGUCUGAUAAGUUCAAGGAAGUGCCGCACUCAGGAUAAAUUUAUUUACCAUACGGCUCCAGUUGAAAAAUCACACGGCAGACUGCAAAGCAGAACAUCAACAUCAAGAUCACAAAAGAAAAAAUCCAAGUCACCUGAGAGAAAUAAAUAUUGCAUAAAUGCAAAAAACUACGAACAGCCUACAAUUUCUUCAAAAUCACACUCUCCAUCUCCCUACACAAAAAGACGCAUGUGUGAGCUAUCUGAAGACACCAGGCGGCGGCUGGCCCAUUUAAAUCUGGGACCCUAUGAAUUCAAAAAAGAAACAGAUAAACCUCCAUUUGUGAUUAGACAUGUCGACCCCCCAAGUCCCAGGGCUGAUGCUUUAUUUGGGUCUUCUGGCAGAGACUGUGAAAGAGAUGGAUGGUCUAGGAUGCACAAUGAUCAUUCUCAUCUUGGCUGCUACCAACCCAAGGAUUAUAAGGUUAUCAGGACACCCCAUGGGAGAGACUUUGAUGACUCUUUGGAAAGGUGUGAUGAGUAUUUAAGCUCACGGUCAUGUAGCAAGCCACAGCAUUCAGCAAGGACCUUACUCGUCCAUUCAGCACCCUCAACAAUGCCGAAGCAUUCUCCAAGCCCUGUGUUAAAUCGAGCUUCUCUCAGGGAAAGAUUCCAUUCUGAUUGGUGUUCACCUUCAAACUGUGAUGAGAUCCAUGAUCGGGUAAAAAAUGUCUUGAAAUCACAUCAGGCUCAUCAAAGACAUUUAUAUGAUGAGAGAGACCCAGAGAAAGAAGAUGAACUGGAACUGAAAAGAGGUCUUUUAUACAGAGACUCUGCCUAUGACAGUGACCCAGAGUAUAGCUCAUUUCAGCGGCCACGUGGCACUCUCCAUUUGGAUGAUGGUGAAUACUGGUCCAACAGAACAGCCUCUUAUAAAGGAAAAUCCCACCGACCCAUCUUUGAGAACAGCAUGGACAAGAUAUACAGGAACUUGUACAAAAAGGCCUGUAGUUCUGUUUCUCAUACACAGGAAAGCUUCUGAGACCACCCAUGAUAAACUGUAUGGGUGUCUGUGUCAACUUCUCAAUGAAAAUGUUUGAUGUGAUCAAUAUCUGUAUUCUUUUUUUUUUUUAAGCAGGUGAUUCUGAGUAGUAGUUAAAUGUGAAUAAGUUUUUUGCUUCAAAUGGUAAAUUAUCAUAGGCAGUCCUUUUUUUUUUUAAUCACAGAAGAGAGUGCUAUAUUCCAAAAGUCAAAGCUCUGCACCACAAUCACAACUUCUAGUCUGAUUAUGAGAAGGAUGUUCUGCCACAUAUAUCUCAUAUCUCCAUCUACAAAUCCAAGAAUAGAUUCUCUCUAGAAAUGGUCUUCAGCCUUAAUCACCUUGUGAUUUUCUUUUCAUCUGCUUGAUUGGUUAUCUUGUCUAAGAUUAAUAUGAACUCCUUUUUCUUGGUAAUGGGCAAAACAAUAAAUAGUUCAGAAAUGAAUUUCCUAAGUUUAAACCCUGUUUUGACUAGUAUUUUCUACUUAUUUAUCCCCCCUAAAAAAGGUUACUUGUACUUCUUAGCUAAUAAGAAAUAGGUGUUUUUAAAGUUUAUAUAAUCAUUCACUUCCUCUUCUGUCAAAGAACUAAGUUACCUACAAUACGGUUAGCUAGAAAUAGCAGUGGCCAUGUGUGACCCAAAAUGUGAAUAACUGAUUUUUAAAAAUAGAAUUCUUUGCAUGAUCGUAAGGCCAUAUCUUUUGGUGCAACCAGAAUCAGAACAUAGCUUUCGUUAGUAAGCAUGUAGAAAGUCGGAAAGAAUAAAGGGAUUAUAUUGUAAUUUUAAAUUCUUUAGAGUUUUCAUAGGUGUACCGAAUGGCCCAGGAAAGUAGUAUCUUUUUUUAUUUAUUAUAUUAUGUUAGUCACCAUACAGUGCAUCAUUAGUUUUUGAUGUAGUGUUCAUGAUUCAUUGGAAAGUAGUAUCUUUACUUAAAGGACACUUGGAACCAUAAAGAGGGGUAAAAUAUUAUACAGAAUGCUUUGUACUGGAAAAUCCGAUAGUUGAUAAAAUUAGCUCCUCUCCACCCGCCUUAUCCAUACCUGAGAGGCCACUGAGUCUUUGAAGAUAUGAAGAAAUCCGUCACCUCAUAUUUACCAGAGUAAGUGGAGGGAAAGCAAAGAAUAGAAAAUAAGCAAACUUGGCUUACAAGCUUGAAGAGUUGACUAUGAGGUGCUAUUCUCUCAUUGACUGUACCUUUGGUUAAUUCUACAGCUAUGAUUUAAAAAGAAAAAAAAAAUGAACUCCAUUUAAGUUGAAAAUAACAUGUAAAAUUGAGUGACUUGUUUUUGUAUUGAGAGAAAAUAUAUAAUACUUGUUAUCUAAUAAUAGGAUUUUUAAACUCCAUGUUAAGAGUGUUCUGGUAUGACAAUCAGUGAUGUGUGGGAACGUGCAUCAGAGAAAGGGGCCAGGAGGCCUAGGCUCUGCCGUUCUCCCGCUGAGUCUCUUUAACUCUCUGGGCCUGACUUUCCUCAGCUAUCACAUGGAGAGAAUGAAGUGGAUCAGCAUUUCCCAAACCGUAUUCUGUGGACUUCUAUUUUAAGAGAUGGCUGUAGGAAAGUAGAUACAGGAGUUUCAUUAGCCAUAUAAGUUGAGGAAAAUCUAUACACUAGAUUCACACUCCCGAACUUAGAGACUCACAGGUAGGAUGGCAGGAACGAAAGGCAGUGCUAUUGAUCCUGGAACAGCCGUUCCAAACGGGCUGUCCAGGCAAACUGGUGUGUAUGGCUGAUAAAGUCAUAGUCAACACUAGCCUGGUGGAGGUACUAAGAAAUCCUGACAUACACCUGUUUCGCUCUAGCAUCUGGUCUGGAGUCUGACACAUAGUGCUCAUUAAAUAUUUUUUGAAUUAGCCCAGAAUUUCCUAAAGUGAGUGUGUAGCAAUAUUUGUCAUUACGGCCAUCGUUCCCCUUCCGUCCCACCCCCUCAGCUCCCCACACUCCCUUUCAAAUGUGCCAUCCUUGGAUACAUGCAGACCCCAGUCAAGGAAAUAGGACACUAUACAAUCACUGAGUUACCCUUUGGCUGUAAGUUGUAGGAUGAUGUUUUGUACAAUGAGCUUUUGAAGGUCAACAUUGACUAAUGCUUUUUUUUUUUAACAAAAAAUAUUAUCAGUGAAACUUAGUAUGUUUUGUUUUUGUUUUACAUGUGGAAACAAAUGAAAAAUUCUUCCAUUUAAAAGGUCCUGCUUGGUGAAAAGAACAAUUUUGAACUUCAAAGAAAAUUUCACUGUCAUAGAAAAUCUCCUGAGUGAAUAACUACAUCAAAAGUUACCUAUUACACCUAUUUCUGCCAUUGGCUAUACAAAGACCACAAAAAAUGGGUCUCAGAGGGGAACUUCAGAAUAUGAUAUUCAGAAAGAUAUUUUCCUGUGUAUUACAUUUGACUUCUCUCUGAAGGAUCAGGUGCAAAUUUCCAGAUAUGUAGUAUAUUAGCUAAGUGUCUAUUUCCAUUUCCUGGGGAAGAAGUGGUCUUUGUUGCUAUCCCUAAGUAUUACUAUAAAAUCUUAUGUUAUGUUAUUUUUAAGGAGUAAAACCUUUAAAUACUAAUAGUUGUCUUUUCUCAUUGUAAGAAGCAGAAAGAUGUAGUUAUUACAAUUCUUACAAUGAAGCAGAAAGAUGUAGCUAUUUCCUUAGCCUUUUAAAAAUAUUUCUUACAAUCUAGUAAUAGUUAUUAGACUUAAUAUGAAAGAUAAAUUGAUCUUACUUCUUCCUUUUAAGGUAUUUUUGUCCUUUAAAUAAAAAAAAAAAAACCUGGGAAUUUCAGGAAGAAAGAUGUCAAUUCAACUAAGAAAAAAGAUGUGUGAUUGGACAGAGAGUGAGGUCUUCAUGGUCCCACUAUUAGCUAUACAACCUUGUUCAAGUCAUUUAUCCUUCUUGGAGCUCAGUUUUCUUGUCUAUAAGGUGAUGAAGGGGUUAAUUUAGAAGGGUCUUUUAAUGUUCCAACAUUUCUAUAAUUGUAUAAUUGAUUAAGAUGGAAGAUAAACAAGUUCUAGGAAGCAGAGUUGUAUUGUAACUUCAAAGAUUAAGCCCCUGAUUAAAAAUCUGGAGCAGAUAGAG